AUGGACUUGAAACUAUUGGAAACUAUCUCUAUUGCAAUAUGUGUUAAGUUGAAUACAAAUGGCUCUUGCAUUGAAGGGAAUUGUGAAGGAGGUGGUGUGGUAAGGGACAAAGAUGGUAAAUUUAUCAUGGCUUUUUGCUUACCACUGGGAAGAGGAAAUAGUAACCUUGCUGAAGCUGCUUCAUUUUGUUUGGUCCUAAAUGGUAACUGGCAAAGUCCUUGGAGAAUUGAAGACAUUGUCAACAGAAUCAAAUAUUUGAUGGAGCUCAACCAAAUCACUACCAAUCACUGCUUUAGGGAAGCUAACAAAGUUGCUGACAAGCUAGCAUCUUUGAGUCACUCAAAUGGAAAUACUUGA